AUGUCUACCGAGCAGACCCCUGAACGCGCUUUCGAGCAGUUUGUCGGCAACAUUGAACUUUCAGCUUUUGAAAUGUUCACAAACGACGCUUAUUUUGUCGACGACAACGCCUCUUCCUGCGACCUCCCUCUGCCGUCAGUUGAAUGCGGCGAGGGUCUCCUUGGUAACUUUUUCGACUCCGCCAUCGAUGUCGGACUUGACAUCGAAGGCCUUCACAACGACAUGUCGGUCUGGCCUGUCGGAGACCUUUUGGGCUGCGCUGAGCACCUCUCGACUGGCCCGGUCGAGAUAACCUCUUCGUCCCCUCAGCAUACUGAAGUACUCGCGACCCCUGUGCCUUCACCCCCUUCCGGUUCGAUCGAGGCCCUCUGGAGGCCUUUGAUGGGUUCUAGUCCCGUCGAGAAGGUUUUCCCAGAUCUUCCGACUCCCUCCCGCGCUCCUGCCAAGGCUCGAGCACCCAAGGCUCAGCCUGCGGUAAAAGCCAAGGCAUCACCAAAGCCCAAGGUCAGCAAGGUCGUGAAGACCACGAAGCCGGCAAAGACUCACAAGCGCACCAUUUCUGCCCCUUUUAGUGUACCACGUAGGGUGCAAGAGCUCUACAACCUACCAUGGUCUCACCUCUCCCAAGAGGAGAAAAGCCUCCUCCUCCUCCCUCUGCUCCAGGGUAUUGAUCCUAACACCGGCGCAAAGAUCGGCGAGGCCGGCAGCCUGCUUCCCCCUCCUCAGUUCGAGAUGGUUCGCGAGGACGUAUUCGGCACCGGUGAUGAUGGUGCCAACCUCAUGGAGAAGCACUCCACACCAAAGACUUCAAGUACUGUUGCAAUCAUCACACGCGAAAUCGAUACCGAGGAUGCCGCCGUCUUCCACGCCUGCAACGAAUUCAACAAGCAACUCGACUUGAAGAAGAAGCAGUCUGGCCACCCUAACUUCAGCUUCGACAUUCCCGAUUUCCAGUUCGACGAGACCAACUUUGACAUGUUCGAUAACUUCACGCCCGCUGACCAGGGUCUCGGUGGCCCUUACGAUAACGGCGUCAUUGGUGCUCCGGUCCAGAAGCCCACGUCCAGCACCAACGUCAACAGCAACACCAAAGGCAACGGUGACGGCGUGAUCGGUGGUGAUAUUGGCCAGAUGCCUACCCCUUCUGGAGAAUAUGGACGCAAGCGCCAACAGGAGGCUUUGAAGCGCAAUGCUAUGCUUCGUGGUGCUGGCCGUCGUCGCUAA